AUGCACACCACAUCCAUCGCCCUCGCCAUCAUCGGCGCCCUCACCAUCUCCACCACCGCUGCGCCAGUCGCUUCGCCUGAGGCAGCGCCCGUGUCGGACCGCCUCUAUUGGAAGAGCACGAAGAAGCCGGUGUGGUGCUACGACGGCAAUAUCCAAGGACACUAUAUCUGCGGUUACAAGAACAAGGGCGGUUGA